AUCACACAGUCUCUGUAACUGAGAAGAAAAAUGGAGGAGAAUCAGCUGGACCAAGAAACCCUAUCCUGUUCAAUUUGUCUGGAUGUACUGAAGUAUCCGGUAACUAUUCCCUGUGGACACAGCUACUGUAUGAACUGUAUUAAAUCCCACUGGAAAAAAGAGGAUCAAAAACGAAUCUACAGCUGCCCUCAGUGCAGGGAGACAUUCACACCAAGGCCGGUUUUAAAGAAAAACACCGUCUUUGCAGCUUUAGUGGAGCAGCUGAAGAAAACUGGACUCCAAGCUGCUCCUGCUGAUCUCUGCUAUGCUGGACCUGAAGAUGUGGCCUGUGAUUUCUGCACUGGRAGAAAACUGAAAGCCAUCAAGUCCUGUUUAGUCUGUCUGGCCUCUUACUGUGAGAAACACCUUCAGCCUCAUUAUGAUUCAGCUACAUUUAAGAAACACAAGCUGGUGGAGCCAUCCAAGAACCUCCAGGAAAAUGUCUGCUCUCGUCAUAAUGAGGUGAAGAAAAUGUUCUGCCGCACUGAUCAGAAGUGUAUCUGUAGUUUGUGUUUAAUGGAGGAACAUAAAGGUCAUGACACAGUGUCAGCUGCAGCAGAAAGGAUUGAGAGGCAGAGAGAGCUGGAGGAGAGACAAGGAAACAUCCAGCAGAGAAUCCAGGAMAGAGAGAAAGAUGUGAAGCUGCUUCAUCAGGAGGUGGAGGCCAUCAAUCACUCUGCUGAUAAAACAGUGGAGGACAGUGAGAAGAUCUUCACUGAGCUGAUCCGUCUCCUCCAGAAAAGAAGCUCUGAUGUGAARCAGCAGAUCAGAUCCCAGCAGGAAACUGAAGUGAGUCGAGUCAAAGAUGUUCAGRAGAAGCUGGAGCAGGAGAUCAGUGAKCUGAAGAGGAAAGACGMUGAGCKGGAGCAGCUCUCACACACAGAGGAUCACAACCAGUUUCUCCUCAACUACCCCUCACUGCCAGCACUCAGGGAGUCGACACCCUCAUCCAGCAUCAAGGUCCGUCCUCUGAGACACUUUGAGGACGUGACAGCAGCUGUGUCAGAGCUGAGAGCUGAACUACAGGAUAUUCUGAGAGAAACGUGGAAACAAAGCUCACUGACACUCACUGAGGUGGAUGUUCUACUGUCAGAAUCAGAACCAGUGAGCAGAGAUGGAUAUUUAAAAUAUUCAUGUGAAAUCACUCUGGAUCCAAACACGGCUCACAGAUGGCUGGUGUUGUCAAGGGAAAACAGGAAGGUGACAAGAAAGGCUCAACAUCAGUCUUAUUCUAGUCACCCAGACAGAUUCACUCAUUGGCGCCAGGUUCUGAGUAGAGAGAGUCUGACUGGACGUUGUUACUGGGAGGUGGAGAAAAGAGGGAGAGUUUAUGUAGCAGUCUCAUACAAGAAUAUCAGCAGAGCAGGAAGUGGGAAUGAAAGUUUAUUUGGAGGUAAUGAAGAAUCUUGGGCAUUAGAUUGUCACCAAAACCGUUAUAAAUUUGGUCACAACAACAUCUGGACCUCCAUCUCAGGUCCAGUUUCCUCCAGAGUCGGAGUGUACCUGGACCACAGAGCAGGUAUUCUGUCCUUCCACAACGUCUCUGAAUCCAUGACUCUGAUCCACAGAGUCCAGACCAGAUUCACUGAGCCGCUACUGGCAGGAAUUUGGGUUGGGUUUGCAUGUCAUGCAGAGUUAUGUGAACCCAAAGAGAUAGAACCCACUUAAGGUUUGGUGGGUUUGAUUCAGAAUCUUAAUCUUGCAACAGAUUUGUUCUUGAUUGCUGUUAUGUUGUUUCUAAACUGCAUAUAAAUCAGUAAGUAAAGAUUGUCAGCACUUGUUUUUCUUAAAGUCUGAUGUUCUUCAAAACAGCUGAUCAGCCCAAGAAUAUUUACUAUUUUCACUUUCAGGCUUUGAACUCAUAAAUAAAACGACAUAUUACUCCUCAAGUUGAAAAAGUGAAACCAGUGAUAAUGCUUUGAUAAUGUUAUUGAAACUCAUUUUGCUGAGUUAUUUUUAAUUGGUAAAUUAACAUUUACCAAAUAAUUUGACUAAUUAUCAAUGAAUUUGUAAUAUAUCAAUUUACCAAUUAACAUUACCAAAUAUUAUAUUGAUAAAUUGAUAUUUAUCAAUGAGACAGAAGAUAUUGUCUUUUUUGUGGACUUAAGCUGGUUUCAUGUUUUGUUGAUUCUUAAGCGGAGAAACUGUCAUAUUGCUUCACUGUUAAGCGGUGUUGGUGAUGGGAUGCUGCCCCCUAGGGGAAUGUUUUGUUUUUACAUGACAAUGGGUUCAGGAAAUGUAUAUUAUUGUGUCAUUAAUACUAG